ACACACAUACCUCCCUCUCUUUUUUUCUCUCUCUCUACGCUUCCUUCUUGUGGCGUAGAUAGUUCUUUUUUAGAGAGAGAGAGAGAGAUUAGCAAAGGAGGGAGAAAAAAAGGAAUCUCAAAUCUGUCGAGUUAGGAGGAUUUGACCCGACACUAGUUAAUAAAUCUAUAACCUGGUGGUGGUGGUUGUUCGAUUUCCACAUCCAGCAUCCUCUUCUCCGCAACACUUGAACAUCAUCAUCAGAUUGAAUACUCUUUGUUGGUGUUGCUAUGGCUGCUACCGCUGCUGCUCCUUCUGCCGUCCGUUAUGCACCUGAGGACCAUUCUCUCCCCAAACCAUGGAAAGGCCUUGUCGAUGAUCGAACCGGCUACUUGUACUUUUGGAAUCCUGAGACCAACGUUACUCAGUACGAGAGACCUGCUGCUGCUGUCUCUGUCACCUCUUCCGUUCAGGCUCAACCUCCUUCAUCCCUACCUAAUGUUGGCGGCUAUGCUCCUCGCAAGGAUGAUGAUAAGUAUGCCAGAGGCACCGAACCUUCCCUUAAGAACGACUCUGCCUCCAGGUUUAGUGAGGGUGGCAGGAAUGGACCUCCUUAUUCCAAUGGUGCUGCUAACGGAGUUGCAUAUGGUGCAACAUCUGCCAGAGGUCCUCCUCCUUCAUCAGCUCCCAGAAGUGAAGUGUCCCCUGAGGCCUACUCUCGCCGUCAUGAAAUUACUGUCAGUGGGGGGCAAGUUCCACCGCCUAUAAUGUCCUUUGAAGCUACUGGUUUUCCUCCUGAGCUUCUGCGGGAGGUACUCAGUGCAGGUUUCUCUGCUCCAACUCCAAUUCAAGCUCAGUCAUGGCCAAUUGCUAUUCAAGGUAGGGACAUAGUAGCCAUUGCUAAAACUGGCUCGGGAAAAACUUUGGGUUACUUGAUUCCUGGAUUUAUGCAUCUUCAACGCAUCCGAAAUGAUUCGCGAAUGGGCCCAACAAUUUUGGUAUUGUCUCCAACGAGGGAGCUGGCCACUCAAAUCCAAGAAGAAGCUGUUAAGUUUGGAAGGUCAUCAAGAAUUUCGUGUACUUGUUUGUAUGGUGGUGCACCUAAAGGCCCUCAGCUGAGGGAUUUAGAAAGAGGAGCAGAUAUUGUGGUUGCAACUCCUGGGAGAUUGAAUGAUAUCCUUGAAAUGAGGAGAAUUAGUCUGCGUCAAAUUUCUUACCUUGUGUUAGAUGAGGCAGAUAGAAUGUUGGACAUGGGUUUUGAACCACAGAUAAGGAAGAUUGUGAAAGAAAUUCCCACUAAGCGUCAAACCCUUAUGUACACAGCUACAUGGCCUAAGGGAGUUAGGAAAAUUGCAGCCGACUUACUUGUUAACCCUGCUCAAGUCAACAUUGGCAAUGUUGAUGAGCUUGUGGCUAACAAGUCAAUCACACAGCACAUUGAAGUGGUAGCACCAAUGGAGAAACAGAGGAGGUUAGAGCAGAUCUUGCGGUCUCAGGAACCAGGUUCGAAGGUGAUAAUAUUCUGCUCAACCAAAAGGAUGUGUGAUCAACUAACACGCAAUCUAACCCGCCAAUUUGGAGCUGCUGCUAUUCAUGGAGACAAGUCCCAGCCUGAGAGAGACAAUGUUCUUAAUCAGUUCCGCAGUGGCAGGACUCCGGUUCUAGUUGCAACCGAUGUUGCUGCUCGUGGACUGGACGUAAAGGACAUCAGGGCGGUCGUAAACUAUGAUUUCCCCAAUGGAGUGGAAGACUAUGUUCAUAGAAUUGGAAGAACAGGAAGAGCCGGAGCGACUGGUCAUGCAUUCACAUUCUUUGGUGAUCAAGAUUCAAAACAUGCUUCGGAUCUGAUCAAAAUCUUGGAAGGAGCAAACCAGCAAGUUCCUCAACAGAUCCGUGAAAUGGCUACACGUGGUGGUGGUGGAAUGAACAAAUACAGUCGCUGGGGUCCCCCAUCCGGAGGCCGUGGUCGUGGUGGCGACUCUGGUUAUGGUGCCAGAGGUGGCGAUUCUGGUUAUGGGGGCAGAGGUGGCUUUGCUCCGCGUGACAGAAGCAGUAGCGGAUGGGGAAGAGAGCGUGAAAGGAGCCGUAGCCCUGAGAGAUUCAACAGAGCUCCACCACCGUCUUCCUCUGGAUCUCCUCCUCGCAGCUUCCACGAGGCCAUGAUGAAACACAGAUAAAGAAGGGAGAAACAAGCCUGAUAAAGACCAAGUGACAGAAGAAUGUGUUGUUAUUGGAUGGAAAUAUAUCCCUUACUACCUCCGACAUUAUAUAUUUUUUUUUGGCCGGUGAAGAAUUUGAAAAAAAAACAAGAUCAAGAAGACACCUCCCAUUGGAAAACUUACGUUCACAAUCAACAUUUGAUAUCUUAUAGUUUGUAUUUCAAAUAUUUUUAAUCAUGCAAUUCAGAGACUGGUAAAGACUGUUUUUUAUUCGAUAGGAGUAACUUUUACGUGUUGUGGGAUUAUGUAGCAUCUUUAAUUAUUAAAUUAGAGUGGUGUUUGUGA